AUGUUCUUCCCCUUCAGUGUUUGCAUGGUGCGUGAUACCAUCCAUGUUCCGGUCAACUCACGAGUCAUGGGACAGGCCCGGUUGCAAAUUAUGGGAUGCGGCGACAAAUUUGACGAUGAACAGACUCCCUGUCCUGUUGUUCACGUUGGCCUUGCCGGGGAAGGCCGUAUUUCGGAAUUCUCCGAUAUCAUGUUCACGGUGUUGGGUGCCACUAAAGGCGCAGUGUUGCUGCAAUAA